GGGGCCAGGUACCUGCUCAAGCGCAGGCGCAGCUCGGUUUGUCUCAGGUAUUUUCAGUCAUAGGUGUGUCGGGGAACCUGACACUGAUUCCUGGAGCUGGAACAACACGUUGUUUUAUUUUUUGUUUUGUUUGUUAAAGCAACCGUUUCAGGACAUGAUGAACCAACGUUCGAGACCCGGUUACCAUCGCCAGGAAGUGAAUAAAACCAUUUGGGAAGUUCCUGAACGAUACAAAGAUUUAAGACCGGUUGGGUCAGGGGCUUACGGUACAGUAUGCUCUGCUCAGGACCGGAGAACAGGAACAAAGGUUGCUAUCAAGAAACUCCUCCGUCCUUUCCAGUCAGAACUUUUUGCCAAGAGGGCCUACCGGGAACUUAGACUUCUCAAACACAUGAAGCAUGACAAUGUUAUUGGACUGCUGAAUGUUUUCACCGCAGACCUGUCACUGGACCGAUUCCAAGACUUUUACCUUGUGAUGCCCUUCAUGGGAACUGAUCUUGGGAAACUAAUGAAAACGGAGAGGCUUUCAGAAGACAGAAUUCAGUAUCUUGUCUACCAAAUACUGAAAGGUCUAAAGUAUAUCCAUGCUGCUGGUAUCAUUCACAGGGAUCUCAAGCCAGGAAAUCUAGCUAUUAAUGAAGAAUGUGAGCUCAAGAUCCUGGAUUUUGGUUUGGCUCGUCAGGCCGAUAUUGAGAUGACGGGCUAUGUGGUAACUCGCUGGUACAGAGCCCCUGAGGUCAUCCUGAGCUGGAUGCACUACACACAAACAGUGGACAUCUGGUCUGUUGGCUGUAUCAUGGCAGAGAUGCUCAUCGGAAAACCGCUUUUCAAAGGACAUGAUCACCUGGAUCAACUUACUGAAAUCAUGAAAAUCACAGGAACUCCUACGCAAGAGUUCAUCUCCAAACUGCAAUCCCAGGAUGCUAAAAGCUACAUUGAGAAGAUGCCUAAACUUAGGAAGAGAGAUCUUCAAAUUAUGAUGCCAGGCACCAACCCUCAAGCUAUUAGUGCGCUAGAGUCCAUGCUGGUGCUGGAUCCCGAAUGCAGAGUGACCGCGGCUCAAGGUUUGGCUUUGCCGUACUUCUCAGAGUUUCGUGAGCCAGAGGAGGAGACUGAAGCUCCACCAUACGAUCACUCCCUAGACAAUGCUGAGCAAUCACUGGGGCAAUGGAAACGACUCACUUUUAAUGAGAUUCUUACCUUCCAACCUCCACCACUGGGUCCAUUCCAGAAAGAGACGUCACUUUAAGCGAAAGCUUUCCUCGUUAUACUCUUAAACAUCUCAAGCCAAGUGUGCCUUAGGUUUUUUUCAUGUGACCCAUAGCAUUUGUACCACAGUGUAUAUACAUGUUUGUAUCUGUAUGUGUGUAUGUACGUACACUACCUGGCCAAAAAAAUUGCAUAAAACCACUUAAAAGAAAAUGACGAAGGAAAUUACUGGAAUUGGUUCUAAGAAAUGUGCAGCACAUUCUAUGGAUGCAAAAUAGUCUCAUUAAAAUUUACACAAAAGACACGAUGCACACAUGCAUAUGCCAAUUCACAUGAGUGAAACCCAAUUCAUGUGCACAAAA